AUGAAUAUACAGCGAUGUAAAUUGAGGAGCUUAUUCUUUUUCUUCUCUCCAGCUGGGCAAAGAAGCAAGCGCAAAACUAAUUCAUCAAUUAGCUAUGAUUGUUUGGCUCUUUUCAGCUUAAGCUUUUUCGUGUUUACCCGAAGAGGUUUACUUUUCAAAAAUGGCAGGCAUCAUUCGAUAAUGCAUGCCUGCAGUUACCGUUUUCGGACAGUAGGAACGCACGGAUCGGGAGCGGAACCACAUGUCUCAGGAUUCGCGAGAUCCGUUGCAAUGCAAGGACAAAUGGGGCGCAAUUUGAAAACAUGUCCUUGCGUUCACGAAGCCCUAAUUUAUCAUGUUUCUUGUUUUAGGCAUCAUUGCCUUUCGAAUCUCCCUCUUGGUACAGCUUCCCCAAAGGGUAACGUAAUGUACUUUCUGAGUAUAGGCUGUUGGUUUUUGUGUUUUUUAUGUUAA